AAAAAAAAAAAAAGAGAGAUUCUGCCAGCACACAGUUAACAUGUUGUAUACACAUAUCGUAAACACCAGGCUUCUUUUCCUGCACCCACAGCGCUAAGGACGAGGGUGAACAGUACUCCCAGCCUUUUUCCUUUUUGGAACCGCCGGGCUUCUGUACUCUUGUCAGACAAUCGCUGGUAGCAAACCAACGGAAACCUACAGCACCUUUACGAACAGGUGGAAGUAUCCUCAGGCAGUUUUCGAUUUCAGUUCUCCUUUUCGCGAUGGCAUCGUCUGCAAUGAUCACGGUCCCCACCACCGCCUCCCGCUUUGCCCUGCUACAAAUAGACUCUGAUUCAGACUCGGACACCUCCGAGCCGGGGAAGCCUUCCACCAAAUCCGGGCGAGACUCCUCUGGGAAGCCCCGACAAGGAAAAGCAGGUGCAGGCGGAGGGAAAGCUGCUCAGGGCAAUGACAAGAAGAAAGACAAGAAGAAGAAGAAGAAAGAACAGCAACAGAGUGAGGCAAACGAGUUGCGUAAUCUGGCCUUCAAGAAGAUUCCUCAGAAAUCUUGCGCCCCACCUCCCUGUAUGACUCUGUCAGGAAUAGCCAGUGAACUUCUCAAUCCUACAUCAGUGGACCAUGAUACACCUUCGGAGGGUUGGCAGCAGUGGAAGCAGAGAGACGAGCAGAUAACCACAGAACUAUACGAGGCAGACUUGGAAAAGGCCUUGAUUUUAAGUAAACUGGAGUAUGAACAACACAAACAGAGCCACACAAACACCUCCUCGCCAAAGUCACGUGGAGUAAAAGAGGGUGGAGGGAAGAAGGACAAAAAGAAGAAUCAGCAGGCAAAAGACAAAAAGACCGUUUCUCUGCAAGACUUCCAGGCUGAAGGCAGUGCAGAAAAUGUAAGUAGGAAACAAGAGAAAGAGGACUCCAGAACAGCUAACUUAGCGCUGGGAAUUGGGCAGGAGGAACAUUUUUUCAAUAAGUUGGAAGAUGAUGUCAGCCGGAUAAUCCAACGGGAGAAAAGACGCGAGCAGUAUACUAACAGCCAAGGACAAGAAGUUAACACAUCCACAGAACAUGAACCGGACCCCAGAGCAGAACAGCUGAAAUAUGAGCUGGAGAAGAAAGACCAGGAAAUUGAUAAGUUGAAAAAGACCAUUUCACAGUGGGAGGUGAAAUACAAAGAGGUGAAAGCAAGGAAUGCCCAGCUGCUUAAGAUGCUCCAACAGGGAGAGAUGAAAGACAAAGCAGAAAUUCUUCUACAGGUAGAGGAGCUACUGCAUAUUAAAGAAGAGCUUUCCUCACAGGUAACAUUACUGCAUGCUGCCCUUGAACAAGAAAGAUCUAAAGUAAAAGGACUACAGUCAGAGCAACCAAAACAUCAGUUGAUAGUUAUGUAUGUGUAUGCGUCAUGUACUUGCAUAUUGCUUUCAUGCAUCUCAGAGAAACAGCUGCCAGUAAGUCAGGUGAAGUGAGAAAGUGUCAGCCUAAUAAGCCAAAGGACAGAAAGGGAAACAAGAAAGGGAAGAAAGGCUCCGAGGCAGAUCUAUGAAGGUUUCAGAAAGAAAACGCCUGAAAACAAAAUUGUAUAAACAAAUGAAGAAAUGCAGGAAAAAAUAACUCCUGCUACUGAACAAAAUCAGGGUUCUUUUUCCUUCCAGCUUUUUUUUUUUUAAUCCUAGACUCCUGGUCAGCCUCUAAUGCAUGCCCUCCCAAACACACACACACGCAUUAACAGAAAAAAGCUCUAGAUUUGGUACGAUAUAUUACACGAUUAAACAAGAUUUAGUGGCUUGACACAUCUUGCUGCCCUCUUCAGGCCUUAGAGUGCCUCUGGAUCUCCUGUACUGUUGAAGGCUCUGUGCCUGAUCUUCAAGGUUUUGCUGCCAAAAUGACAGAUAUGUAAUGUAAGGUUUUGUUUCUUUAUUUUCCCAGCUGUUAAGUAAAUAAAUUACUUUUUCAGUGAAAAGGA